CUUGGCCACUCACUUAGAUCUGCGCCUCAUGUGUGCCGUGGCUUCACACGUGCGGCCCCUCACUCAAAAGUCGCGUUGCCUGCGACAAUAACAUCAGCAGGUGAGGCAACACACCGCUGCCACAGAUCACACCAUGACCCUCCGAGGCGCUGCUUGUGGUCUCUGUUGCAGCCCAGGGCGAGGCGGAUCUGCCCUUCUUCCGCCUGAGUGAAUGGAAGGCGCCGAAGACGUCCCUGCCGCUUCAUCGGCAUCUGCGCAGACCGGAGUGAUGGACACGGCCGCAGUGCAGUCCACAUCCAAAGCACAGAGGAAAAGGGCGAAAAAGGUACGCCUACACACGACCAGGCACAAACACUGAUUGGCCAUGAGCAAGUAUGCUUGUGUGUGUGUGCAUCAGGCCAAGAAGCGUGGUGCUGCCCUUGAGGCGAGUCAGGAUGGUCGUGAGGCUGAUGAGGCAGCUCCACCGAUUGCGAUUGCGGCAGACACACCACCUGUGAGGAAACGCACGGACGCCGUGGCCAAGUCGUCGAAGCCUGAGAAGUCUUCACCUUUAGCCGAGCUCCUUGCAGAUGCGCCUCGCACCAGCAGCCUCCUCAACUCAUCUGAUGCCACUUGCCCAAUCAGCAUCGAAGCCAUCCUCAGCGGAACGUCCGAGCCGCUUCAUGCCGCUUUACCAACUGAGGUGGCUUCUCUGUGAUAGCGUCUGCGCAGCCAUCGAUCUUGCCACACUGCGGGAGGCGGGGAGGAAUGGGAGGCUCGAC